AGCCUACGCAUCAGACCCCAGCAGGACAGGACUUCCUCCCCACACAGGCUGGGCGGGGCAAGCAAGAAAGGGCCUGUGGCAGCCGAGGUGACACAUCUCUGCCUGGCCAACCCAAGGAGCAGCUGGUCAGUAGACAACGGGAGCUCAAGCCACCCUUCCCUGGGGGCUUCAGAAUGGACUUGUGCCACCCAGACCCAGCGGAGCUGAGCAGUGGGGAAACCGAGGAGCUUCAGCUGAUCAAAUGGCACCGGAAGCAGCUUCUGGAGGACAUCCAGAAGCUGAAGGACGAGAUUGCAGACGUGUUUGCGCAAAUCGACUGCUUCGAGACCACAGAGGAGAGCCGGGCAGCCCAGAAGGAGAAGGAGCAAUGCAUUGGGCGCAAGAAGUUCAACAUGGACCCCAUGAAGGGCAUCCAGUAUCUCACCGAGCACCAGCUGCUGACCCCGGAUGCCCAGGACAUUGCCCGGUUCCUGUACAAGGGCGAGGGCCUCAACAAGACGGCUAUUGGCACCUACUUGGGGGAGAGGGACCCCCUCAAUCUGCAGGUCCUCCAGGCUUUUGUGGACUGCCACGAGUUCGCCAAUCUCAACCUUGUCCAGGCCCUCAGGCAGUUCCUGUGGAGUUUCCGGCUGCCCGGUGAAGCCCAGAAGAUCGACCGGAUGAUGGAGACCUUUGCCACUCGAUACUGCCUCUGCAACCCAGGCGUCUUCCAGUCCACAGACACCUGCUACGUCUUGUCCUUCUCCAUCAUCAUGCUCAACACCAGCCUCCACAACCCCAACGUCCGGGACAAGCCCCCCUUCGAGCGCUUUGUGUCCAUGAACCGCGGCAUCAAUGACGGUAGUGACCUGCCAGAGGAGCAGCUGAGGAACCUCUUCGACAGCAUCAAGAGUGAGCCCUUCUCCAUUCCUGAGGAUGACGGCAAUGACCUCACUCACACCUUCUUCAACCCUGACCGCGAGGGCUGGCUACUCAAGUUGGGGGGCCGUGUGAAGACGUGGAAACGGCGCUGGUUCAUCCUGACCGACAGCUGCCUCUAUUACUUUGAGUUCACCACUGACAAGGAGCCGCGGGGAAUCAUACCCCUUGAGAACCUGUCAGUGCAGAAGGUGGAUGACCCCAAGAAGCCAUUCUGCCUGGAGCUCUACAACCCCAGCUGCCGGGGCCAGAAGAUAAAAGCCUGCAAAACAGACGGUGACGGCAAGGUGGUGGAGGGCAAGCACGAGUCUUACCGGAUCUCAGCCUCCAGUGCCGAGGAGCGGGACCAAUGGAUCGAGGCCAUCCGAGCCAGCAUCACCCGUGUCCCGUUCUACGAUCUGGUCUCUGCUCGGAAGAAGAAGAUUGCCAGCAAGCAGUGAGCUUUCUGGGAGGUGGUGCUGGGGGCUGGGCGUCCAGGAAACCCCAUGACUGUGGUACCUCGAGACCCACCUCCCACCCAAGGCACCCUGUCCUGGCCUGCAGACAUCCUCACCCACCCCCCCUUACUCCAAGUUGACAAGAGGGGGAAGGCAGAGCUCAGGAGGGUGGGUGGGAACCACCAAGGGCUCAGAGCCAGCAAUGAGACCCCUCGGCACCCAGCUGCUGCCAGGAAAGGCCUGAGGAAAGCAGCUGAAGAGAAACCAGCCUCAGAACCCGGCCUCCUGUUCUCUCUCUGGGUCUCCGUUUCCUCUGCUGUGAAUGUCUCCUUGAUUCUGAAAUACCAUCAGUCCUCACAGUGAGAAGGGCUGUGGGGCUCCGGAGCUCCGUUUCCAAUGUGCCGUGUGCCCUCUGCCCAAGUCAGACUUCCCCUCUGGUUUUUGGAAAACUGUGGUGUUUGGAUAGAAAUGUCUCGGCCCCUCAGGCUCUGUGCUCCCCGUCAUCCUGCCCGGUGACAGUAGGCACAGCCCCAAUGCAGCUUCCAGCGGUUGGACUGCUUCCUCCAGGCAGAAGGGCAAGAUUGCACCAGGCUUCCCUAAGGAUCUUCUGGCCGGAGAUAUCUGCACUUGUUUACUGAUCUGGAGGGGACUCGACUGAAAGCUGCUGGGGAGCUGAGAGCAGAGUGGGUUGCACCCUCAGGAUGUCCAUUGCAGGCAAGGGCCAGGUGGGACACCUCAAGAAAAUGGCAGAGAACAUCCCAGACAGACGUACGCAAGCAGCAUCCGGGGUACAAUCAAGAAGCCAAACAGAGAGAGCUUUGUGGGUGUGGUUACCAGGAGGGCUGCCUGGAGGCAGCAGCCAAGCCAAUGACGGACACAGAAGCUCGAGGCAGAGUCUCAGCCAAGGCUUCCCUACGAGACCUCUGAGCGGGGGUCCCUUGGUGGUAAGGGGCACCUAGCUGGAUCCUCACAUCCUGAAACCCUCUGCAGCAGCACUGUAGACAGUUGAGCUGACUUCCCAGCACACUGACAGGAGGCUCUGUCUCCAGGGAGGCCCCGCCUGGAGGAGGAUUCCAUGAAUUCUCAGAAGCACUUCUCGCCCCCUCACUGGGGCCCUGGGGGAGCCCCUGGAGGGAAGUUCCCUGGAAGGAAAGCAGGAUAUGGGGUUGCCUCUGCCCCACCACCAGCCUGAGUGGGUAAGUGGGAGUAAGGUGCGUUCCCCAGGGGAGGAGAGGCAACCUCCCCUCCCCUCCACUCCCACCCCACAUGCACACCAUCCAUAGGGUCAGGAUGGAGUAGCUGCCUUGUGGAGUGGUGAGAUCCUUGUCCCUGGGAGUGUGCAAGUGCCUGGUAAUAAUAUUGCACUGAAGAGGGUCUGGGUUGGGGGACUGCAGGAGGAGGCUUUGCAGGAUGCUUUAGGACUUCCACAGAUCCUAUGUCAGCCUGGGAGCUAUGUGCCAUCUCUGCUACCUCACUGGCCCAUUAAGGGACAUCCAGAGGUCAUGGAAGAAGCCCUGGUCUAGGGCUCAUGAGGUCUAAGGACCUUUCCUGCCACAGGCAUAAACUGGCGGUGUGAUCUUAGUCCACUCCCUUCCCCUCUCUAUUCCUCAGCUCCUCCCCCAUCAUAGAGGGGAUGGAUUCAGUGAUUUUCUGGGCACGAGUGGCUGUUUGGGAAUCACUCAGAAGAGAGAAUAAAGCUCAUGAUCCACCUUGUGA